AUGGGUGCUUCCAAGGCGACGCUUCCCAUCGCCAUCGCCUUCGUCUUCGCCUCCCUUUCUCCUCCUCUCGCAAUCCCUCCGCCGCCGCCCGCCCCCGCCCUGGUCGUCGUCACCGACCCCUCCGUCCCCGUUGCCUCCUCCGAGCUGCCUCCGCCAGGGCAGCUCGCUGUCAAGACGUCGUCCUCAAAGAAGAGAAAGCUUUCCCGUCCCCGAACCCACGGCCUGGAUCCGCUUGACGACUCGCCCUCGCCCGACUCCGUCCUGCCCUCGUGCGAAAUCGACGACGAUCCCGCCCUCUCCUUCUCCGCCGCCUCCGUGGCCUCGGGUCCUGAUACGCCCUCAUACCUGCGGGCCGACUCCCAACCCGCCUCCAGCUUGCCCCCGCGCCUCCAGCACCAGACCAGCUCGCUCGUCUCGGCCGACUACGCCUCCUCCGCCGCUUCGUCGCCCUGCGCGUCCGCCUACGCCGACCUCUCCAUCGAAAGCGACCGUGGGGGAGACGACACUGGCCCGUUCCCCAGAAGCCAGUCUCCCUUCCGCGUUUCCAGGCGUGCCAUUAUGAAUGGCGAUGCAGACAUCCCCCACCGAUCCUCAUCACCACUAAAACGACGUGCUUCAAGCAUGGACCCCGAGAACGAGGCGGCCAAGGCCCGAGAUGUCGAGAUGGCUACUUCCCAGCCUGUCACCGAUGUCGACGCCUCCCAGCAGUCCUCCGCCGCCCUUCCCCGAGCCAUGAGCGUCGAUGUUCCAGAGCCACCCGUCUCGGCCAACGGAUCUUCUUCUCAGGCGGUGCCUCCUCUCCAAGAGCAGGUCAAGAUAAUCGAGACUCUCCUCAAGGCGUUUGCGGAGGAGCCUAUGAAGGAGGGCACCCAAGCAUAUCUCGUCUCGCGCUCCUGGGUGGACAAGGCGCUGGCCAUGCGCGGCGACGCCAAGGAUAGCAAGGCAGAGCCAUCAACCGAGCCUCUCGGUCCCGUCGACAACUCCGACAUCAUCGAGAAGAUUAUGGAGGAGCCCAGCGGCGCCAUCUUUGUCCGCCUCAAGCCGGAAUCUGGCGACGAAUCUUUUCAAUUAUUCUCCGAAGAUGCCUGGAAGAUGGUCGUCGACUGGUAUGGCGUCAAAGACGGCCAGCCGGCCAUUGUUCGCACUGCUAUCAACACUGCCGAGCACGACGCCGAACCCAACAUCAUGUACGAGUACCACCCGCCAAUCUUCCAAAUCCACCGCCUGUGGUCCGAGGUCAGCCCGCUCCCCAUCGAGCAGUCUCUCAAGGCUAAGGAUCCUACCCCUCUUUUACUCCCCCGAAGCCGCAACUAUCACGCCCAGACCUUCAUCAGGGAGAUCAAGACGUACACGGGAGUCCCCAUGGACCGUAAGGUCCGCUUGUGGCUGAUCCCCCAGACAAUACCCGUCCCUGGCCCCUCCGAACCUCGCCGUGCCCUUACUCCCCCGGAUUCUCCUGGUCGUGUCGGUGGCCAAGAUCCCGCCGAUUCAUGGUCAAAGCUUCUGCUUGAUGUUGCGACUUUCGCCCAGGUCCGGAAUGAGAGGAUUAAGGCUCCCCUUGACGACCAAACAGGCAACCCGAACUACAACGGUAGGGCGGCCCUGCAGCUUUACCAGCUUGUCACCGAUCAGACCAUCGUUAUUGAUGAGGCGGUUGACCAGUUCUGGGUCAGCACCUAUACUGGCCGUCAGCGUGGGAACGACAAGGCCAUUCCAACUCGGGGCAAUGCACUGGCUUCCGCCUCUGCUCCAGUCAGUGGCCGAAAUAGUCCCGCUCCCGGCGGUCCUUUGACUCGAGGUCGGGCCCAGAAGAAAUCCGGUCGCAGCAUCGGUGCCGUCGGCCUUCAGAACCUAGGAAACACGUGCUACAUGAACUCCGCCCUGCAGUGUGUUCGCAGUGUGGAGGAGUUGACCAAAUACUUCCUCACCGGCACCUACUCUGAUGAGGUGAACAAAGCCAAUCCAUUGGGCUACAACGGCAAGGUUGCCAUGGCGUAUGGAAACCUGCUCAAAGAGAUCUACAUGGAGGGCAAGGGCUCGGUGAGCCCCCGAGACUUCAAGACCACCGUUGGCCGCUGCCGGAGCACUUUCUCCGGCUGGGGCCAACAAGAUACCCAGGAGUUUCUUGGCUUCCUCCUCGAUGGUCUUCAGGAGGAUCUCAGCCGUAUCAAGAACAAACCGUACAUCGAGAAGCCCGACUCUACGGAUGACAUGGUCAACAACCCAGAAGCCAUUAAAGAAAUGGCGGAUAAGGUGUGGGACAUUACCCGUAAACGAGACGAUUCCGUCAUCGCCGACCUGUUCACCGGCAUGUACAAGUCAACCCUAAAGUGCCCCGAGUGCGGCAAGAUUAGCAUCACCUUUGACCCCUUCAACAACUUGACCCUUCCGCUCCCUGUCGAGGACAUGUGGGCAAAAUCGGUCAAGUUCUUGCCGCUGAAUGACGUGCCCGUGUUUAUCGAGGUCGAAUUGCCCAAGCAUAGCGCUAUUGAGCAACUUAAGCAGUUCCUAUCCAUUCGAACUGGCGUCCCUGUGGACCGCUUGAUUGGAGCCGAAGAAUUCAAAGAUCGCUUCUUUAAGAUCUAUGACAACACCCAGGACAUUUCCGAAGAGAUCCAGUCGUCCGAUGUCCCCACCAUCCAUGAGCUAGAGAUUAUUCCGACCAACUGGCCACACAAGGCUCGAUCGACUAAGUACCGCUCUAUGUUGGAUAUCGACACCCCUCUCGAUGCUACAGAGUGGGACGACCCCCGCUAUGAGAGGAUGGUAGUACCUGUGUUCCAUCGGCGACCGCAAAGCACUGGACGAGGUCAAGAAGGCGCCUCUCCCCCUCACUUCAUCUGCUUGACAAAGGAGGAGGCAUCCAACAUCGACCUCAUUCAACGAAAGGUGUUGGAGAAGAUCGCCACAUUCUCCACUUGGUCAAAAUUCCAAGACUCAAAUGAGGCCGAGACUUCAGAUAACACUGACGGUGAUGUUGUCAUUACCUCCGCCUCAGAUGCGGACUCUUCCGGCGAUGGCAAGGUUGUUGCCCACUCGGUGGAAGGCGAGGAUGAUAUUGUGGAUGUUACCAUGAAGGAUGCUAAUAGCACUCCCAUGCAUCAACCUAAGAUGCUGAAGCAAUUCAACACCAAGAGGCCCAAGUUCAUUCAGCGAGAUGGGUUCCUUGACCCCGAGCUCCAGAAUCUAUUCGAGCUCAGCUACUUCACAGACAACUCCGACGGCACCGUUCCCACGGGCUGGUCAAAUGUUGACCAUCAUCGGGCACUCCCUAAGGUCACGGAUCGCAUCCCUGAGCCUGCUACGGAGGAGGAGGAUGAGCCAAGCCCCGAGAGUUCAAACAGCACGGCAUCUACCAAUGAAGAAGACAGUACCAACGACGAGAGCUCCAAGACCGAGGAAAACCAAACCCGUAUGAUCGAUGAGUCUAGCGAGGAAGAUGCCCUUCAGCCUGCUCGAGUUGGUCCGCGGGCGUCAAAGCUAGGCCCUGGCGGGCGCAAGAAGUUCAAGGGCAACAUGAAAUACGGCAAGAAGGCCAACAAGCGUCGCGAGAAGCAGGCGCGAAACGGAAAGGCCCAGAAGUUGACCGCCGUAAAGCCCCAGCCUACACCUCCCGCAGUCGCCGAUGGUGGCCCGUUGAUCCGACUCGGUGAGGGUCUGGUGGUUGACUGGAAUGAGGACGCUUGGGAGAAGGUCUUCGGUGCCUCCCCAAGAAACCCCACCGAGGAUCAAGGCACAAGGACUUUCGUCGAGCUGGAGAGUCUCAAUGAUCCUGCUCUGAAGAUUAGCCAGAGGAGACGUCACCAUCGCCGAACGCGUGGUAUCACGCUUGAGGAGUGUCUGGACGAAUUUGAGAGGGCCGAGAUUCUUUCCGAGCAGGAUAUGUGGUACUGCCCGCGCUGUAAGGAACAUCGACGAGCGAGCAAGAAGUUCGACUUGUGGAAGACACCAGACAUUCUUGUGGCUCAUCUGAAGCGAUUCAGCAGCUCUGGAUGGCGCCGGGACAAGCUGGAUGUGCUCGUCGAUUUCCCCAUUGAGGGACUGGACCUCACGACGCGGGUUAUCCAGAAAGAGGAGGGUAAAGACGAAGUUUACGAUCUGAUCGCUGUUGACGACCACUACGGUGGCCUUGGAGGCGGCCAUUACACGGCGUAUGCCAAGAACUUUGUAGACGGGCGUUGGUACAAUUACAAUGAUUCAUCUGUCAGCCAUGUUGCAGACCCGACAACCGCCAUCACUGAGGCCGCAUAUUUGCUCUUCUAUCGCCGUCGAUCCAGCACCCCUUUAGGCGGAUCACGGUUUGGAGUCAUCUCUGAGAAGUAUGACGACGACGAUGAAGACGACGACGACGAGACAGAGGCGGGGGAAGGUCAGCGUCUCGGCGAGGGUUCCUCCCUGAAUGGGUCGUCGGGCGCUGGGAUCGGAGCCGUAGCAACUCGCCAUCAAGCCAGUCAUGGUUCGGAUAAAGUCGCUGUCACUUCAUUGCCGACAGCGGAUGAGGAGGACGAACUCCCCGCCUACGAGGGUCCCAACCGAAUUGAGUCACUCCUCGAUAGCAUCGAGGACGAGGGCGUGGAUAUCAAGAACUCCUAUCAGCCCGUGGGUGCCAAGUCCUUGAAUCUCACUCAGCCUUGGAACUUUGAGGCUCUGGGUGGCAGCGGUGCUGAGGACUCUACGGGAGCCGAAUUUGCCAGUGAUGAGGUGCAGAUGGACUCAUCUGCAGAUGAGCAGGUCCUCGGUCAAGAGUACUACGAUCCCGACACUGAAAUGACGGGAGCUAAUGCGGCGGACGAGCACGCGGAGCCUCCGGCACCCAACGAGGGUGCACAAGCAGCGCUUGCGGACAUCCAGAACGCCGCUUGGGAGCGCAAGGCCGUCAUCUCGGUGCCCACGGCAGCGGAGAGCGACCACGACUCGAACGAGGUUGCUGAGAUCCAUCUCGGGGGCGAUAAGGGAGCCCGUCCCGAGUAG